UUCAUACACCAUUUGUUCCUUCAAUGAGUAGAAUUUCUCUGGCAGUGGUUGUAUGCACGUGGCUAUGUGAGAGCAUUUCUAGAGGGUGGACUGACUCUCCACACUCUCGGUCAUACCAGGGGAUAUCAAACGUUUUCUAACUUCCUCCAUCAUUUUGUUUGUAGACAAUGGUAUUGCAGAUAUUGGUUAUCAAAUUGUUUUAUUCUUAGAAGUGUAUUAAUUGAUAUUUAAUUGGCUAAAUAUCACCUUUUUUUCUCUAAUUUUUUUCAUUUUUUUUUUCAAGGAAACUACAUCUAUAACUAAUGAAGAAAGUAUAUCGAAACGAGCAAAUCGUAAAUUGGAUCAAUAUUUAAAGCGUAAAGAAGUAAUUUUUAUAAAAUAUAAUUAGAUUUAUCUAGAAAAUAAAAAAAUUUGUUUUUUCUCAUUAUAUAAAUAGGCAAGACGUGUAACAAGGAAAGCGUAUAAAGAACGUCGUAAACUUCGACAACAACAACAACAACAGCAGCAACAACAACAGCAACAACAAUCAUCUUGCGUGUUUCAUGAUGUGAAUAAUGAUACUUGUAUAACGACAGAAAAUAAUCUUUCAAUGCCAAUUAAUGCUUUUAAUACACACAAAUGUCAACGUUUAAAAAUGUCAGAAUCAUUGUGUCAAACUAAAGUUGUCAUUGAUUGUGCCUAUGAUCAUUUGAUGUCAUUCAAAGAUAUCUGUAAAUUAGCUAGUCAAGUUGCUAAUUGUUAUUCUAUCAAUAGACGUGCUAAACAUCCAGUUCAACUUUAUAUCACCGGUUUAGGUUCCAAUAACACCACAGAGACUAACAUCAAUGAUAAAGAUAAUUUGUUAUCUGUAGAUAAAUGUAAAUCUACCCGAUUAUAUGAUAGAUUAAAGUUAAGCAACUGUGACAGUUGGGAUGUAAAUCUAUGUGAGGAUGAUUAUACUAAACUAUUUUCAGCUGAUAAAAUUGUUUAUUUAUGCGCUGAAUCCGAAUAUUUUUUACCGGAACAAUUCAAUAUAAAAUAUCCAUUUAAUGAUUUAAUCCAUAAUGAUAAGAAUGUAUAUUUUACUCAAGAUGAUAUUUAUGUUAUUGGUGGUUUAAUUGAUCAUAAUAGUUUAAAAGGAUAUUGUUAUCAACAAGCAAUAGAACGUGGUCAUAGAACAGCUAGAUUACCAUUAAAAGAAAUUAAUUUACAUAUUGAAGGUCGAUUUGUUUUAUCUACAUUACAUGUAUUUCAAGCAUUAUGUCCUGUAUUAUCCGGUACAAAAACUUGGUUAGAAAGUUUAAAAUAUGCAAUACCACCAAGAAAAUUAAUAGAUUGUAUAUAAUUCAAUUGAUUCUAUUAAUGAAAUAUAUAUUAUUCAUUUUAAAAUAU